UAGAAUUACACAGCUUGAUUUCAUGAAGUGAUUUUCACAGCAGGCCUUAAAACAAGUGGCGUAAAAAGGGCAGCACAUGAAACAACCGUGAAUUUUUGUGGUGAUUCAAUUCUGCACCAUCCCACACAGAUAUCACGUGUGAACAUGAGCUCAGAUAAAAGCCAACAGUGUUCGAGGUAAAAGGUGAAGAGAAGUCACAUAUAAAAGCCGGUCUGUGCUCUGACCGUGUGGUGGACCUUGGAAGCAAACAGGUGCACCAGCAGGGUGGUUCGUAACCAUCAGUUCCAGAGGUUUUUACCAGGAUGCAAACCUUGGUGACUUUGUGUGCAUUUCUCUCGCUCCUCUGUUCUGCUCAUGCAGAUGUUGUGGAACGUUUUGAGGAUGUACCAGAAUGCAUGAAGUACUUCUAUAAAGAGAAGGUGCCGGAGUGGGGGGCUUCUACACCCGGUGCUGCUCGUCUCUGUCAGCGCUUUGUCAACAGGUACCACUUUGCCACGAUGUAUGACACCAACAAUCGCAUUGCUGUGUACGCUGCAUAUCAGUUUGAGCCCAGCAAUGGAGGAGGCAGAGAGAAAAGGUGGUUUGUAGAGCCUCAGCUGGUUAACAUGACAUGGCAAGCAGAGAUGAAGGAUGGUUACUGGCUGGGGAAAGACUACCCUGGGAUCUACCAAGGAGAGAGACAGGCUCUGAAUGAGGACUACAAACACUCUGGCUUCGAUCGUGGUCACCUCAACCCCAACGGACACCAUGCAGUUCCCAGCCGCAACGCCACUUUCACCCUGACCAAUGUGGUUCCUCAGAACCCCAAGCUAAACCAGAACGCCUGGAGGAUCCACGAGUCCCAGCUCACUGACCUGUUCAGGGAGAAGUGCUCUAAGGCCUAUGUGCUGGUUGGUGCCAUUCCCUCAGCAGACAACUGGAUUAUUAAAAACAAUAUGAGGCGGGUCAAUAUCCCAGACUACCUGUGGAAUGCCUACUGCUGUGUGGACAACAAUGACAGACCCGUUCAGAGUGGUGCGGCAGCAGCCAGGAACACAGAGGAGAACCGGGUGGAGAAGCUCGCUGUGAAUGAACUGGGAGAAUUUCUCCAGCAGUUCUCCGAUCAACCAGUAGGGGAGCUUUUUUACAACAACUGCAGAGUUUAAAUGAUAACAGGGCGAUAAUAACAAAUUUAUAAAUGUAACAAUGGAUUUUUGAACAAUGAAAUCUAUUUUUUCAUAGAUUAAAACGUGGCAAAGUAACUGAAAAUCUAAACAUCCUGCAUGUUCUAAUUUAAAAGGUCCAACUCUACAACUACUCAGUACCUUAUUCUUCUUCAUUUUAUCACAAAUACACCAAUAAAAUGUAUUAUCAGUGGUACAAAGUGACUGUUGACUGAUGCCUUUUUCAUUAACAGUGAAGGCAAAUAUUCAUAAACAUUUCAAUACUGAAAAAGUCAGGUGUCUGAAUUAUCAAAAAAAGGCUGAAACAGUUAAAUGAUGAAUGAAAUGAACUUAUUUUCUUGUAUAUAGUUAAAAAACUGAAUGAAUGAGCCAUCCUUUCUAAGUUUUAGCAGGGGAAAAAAAACACUCAUGUGGCAAGUGUUUUCAAAUAUACAGCAUAACCUUAGACAUGGAGCCAAUGAGCCUUCACUUGCUUUGUCACCUUGUGUUAGUGUAUUAAGUGAUACCUCAAAAGAGCACACAAUGCUCUGCCUCUGCCUUUUUUUAAAUUCACAGUUCAUAUUUGAGGAUGAACCGAACUGAAGCUGAUGAUGAGUGGCAGCCAUAAUGCCUUGGCGUACACAAAGUUAACUGCAAUCUGCGGCCUGCGUGAUCAUCUAAAAUAUACAGGUCCAGAUCCCGAAUCCAGAUGUCUGUAUGAAUCCAUAUGACUCUGACAGCUGACUAGAUUUAUUUUUCAAAUGGACUAUGCUUUUUUUAAUGCUAUUUAUGAGUAGUAUCUUGUAAUGCUGUGAAAAAAAAACGUUUCUUUUGUAGCUAUAUGUGGUGUUGAGAGGCUGAGAUCAAGUGACCAAUUGAAUAAGUUUGUUGGCAGCAGCUUUAACCAUUUAGAGCUACUUAAUUUUUCCCCACCUGCAUCUUCACUGCCCAAGAUGAAGUGUGAUAAGUAAUAAACAUAUAAAUACUCUUAUACUCUACAUUGUAAUACUAUUGAUUUCAGAGUUACUCUAAAACAUUGUAUAUACAUGACAGAAAAUCAACACAUGAAUGACUCAAUUUGAUAUGUUAUACAAAACCAUAGUAAUGGCUGCAAUGCUUGGUGCUUUAAGAGAGGGUUUGACUGGACCAUUAAAGACCUUUAAACUUCCAA